AUGGCACCUCCCGCACCUCCAUUUCAAUUCCGAGGGAAUGCUCCCUCAAACGACCGUGGCAGGGGGCCACCGAGAGACCGUCGUCCACGGCCCCGACAUGAUUUCACCUUUCGCUUCCCGAAACCACCGACUUCGGAACGUCCUUUGCUCACCACAAAGAGAGAAACAACACCAGAGCAAUUAAAGCCCGAGGAUAACGUACACGCUGCACCGAAAUUCGCGUCGCUCGAUGCUCUAAGUGAUAGCGAGGAAGCAGAAAUGGACUUCUCUGACGAUUCGGAUGAAGAGGCGCGCCCGCGCAAAAAGCGCGCCAUAGGACUUGAUGGCGAGGGCCCUUCAGCUGCACCAGUUGCACCAGCUGCAGCGCCCACCCCCAAAUGGUCAAACCCAGAUCCGUAUACGGCGCUGCCACCACCUGAUGAGGGUCAGCAUAAGAGGGUCGAUUUCGUCAAGUUGAUUCGAAAAGCGCGGCUUGACAAUGCUGGCGACAAGAAGCAAAACGAUGCGGUUGUUGAUAAUCAGGACUUCAUUUCCCUAGGAAUGGUUGACGUUCCACCAGCCAGCAACGGACAGAAUUUUAGUGAGGAACAGAGAGCGCCCGAAAAUGCUCCCAGAGGUCCUAAAGGCAUGGAAAUUCGGGGCACCGCGGGCACAAAACGUGGACGCGAGGAGCAACCCAGAGUUAUUAAAACGAAAAUUGGAAAGCCACAACGAAGAUUCAAUUCAGAUGGUUCUAUUCUCAGUGAUUGGCGGCCAUUUUCUGGUCAAGACCCUACGCCCUGGAUGGCGAGCACUCCGCGCUCAUUGAAUCCUAGCACCAUGCUACACCAUGAAGUUAUCGCUUUCUACAACUGGGUCAGGCCGCAUCGCUUUGAACAACUGGUCCGUUCGGAUUUGGUGUUCCGUCUGGAGAGAGCAUUCCAGUCCCGCUAUGGUAAAGUGCAAAUACGUCCCUUUGGCUCCUUUGCAUCCGGACUGUAUCUCCCUGUGGCAGAUAUUGAUCUGGUCCUUUUGUCAACCUCGUUUCAAAAUAGCGGUAACAAGUUCUACGGAGAAAGGAAGGGCCAAAUAUACUCAUUUGCUGCAUUCUUGCGAGACUUGGGCAUUGCGGCUCCUGGAUCUGUCGAAACUAUUGCUCAUGCUAGAGUGCCCAUCUUGAAAUUCAUUGACAAUUUAACGGGAAUUCGUGUGGAUUUGUCCUUUGACAAUGAUAGCGGCCUUCUCGCCAACAGAACCUUCCAAGAAUGGAAGGCACAAUAUCCAACCAUGCCAGUCAUCGUCUCGGUGAUAAAACAAUUUCUGCUCAUCAGAGGGUUGAAUGAGGUGCCCACGGGAGGUCUUGGUGGAUUUUCAAUCACUUGCUUAGUGACCCAUCUCCUCCAGCAUAUGCCACAGAACCAUCGACAGAAUGUCGGUGACAUAUUACUCAAUUUCUUCAACUUCUAUGGGAAUGAAUUUAAUCACCGAGAUGUUGGCCUUCGGAUGAAUGAGCCGGGUUUCGUAAAUAAGUACUUUGGCCAAAAGGAGCGUCUCAUGAUCGAGGAUCCUAAUAACCCUUCCAAUGAUAUAUCUGGCGGGACAAAAGAAAUUCCACUCAUCUUUCGUGCUUUCUCAGAUGCCUAUCGUGCUUUGAAAAAUCGUUUGGAUGUAUUGUCGAAGACACCCUCCACGCACUCAAGUCUUCUGGAGGUUAUAAUAUCAGCCAAUUUCGAUGAAUAUGUCGAACAGCGAUACGUGCUGCGUGAUGUGUACGAAACGGCAGAGCAAUUUGCUCAACAUCGUGAUAUCCCACCACCGCCGCCGCCUGUCCCAGCUGGCUCCCCACCGCCACCGCCCCCUCAACCAUGA